UAUUAGAAAAAAAUUCAAUUUUUAUUUUUUUCAAAAAUUUAAAUGUAUGCAUGCCAAGACAUUCGUGCAUGAAUUAUUUCAAUAAAAAUUAAUUUGGCUAUCCUGAUAUAUCUUAGCUAAUAAGUCAUCUAGGGUUACUAGAUCGCAUUAAAAUCAUCAUAACCAUGGCCGGUCCCCAUAAAUGUUUUGAUGAUAUUGGCGUUGUAGGACGGGAUCGAACAUCCAAGGCAACAUUAGGGAUCGGCAUCGAAUCCGGAUUCGUCGAUCCGUUUCGUUUCGAAUGAGAAGAAAUUGGAUUCGAGCGAGGGCUUUGACGGAUCGGAACGGAUUCAGAUUGAGCUUGAGCGAUCCGGAUUUAAAACGGAUUGGAAGGUGCCAUUCCGGAUUGAUCCGUUUGAUUCGUUUUAUUUCCAUUGCAAUUCUCAUGGUUAGCUUUGUAAUUGGUAGAUUGUUAAGGAAUGCGAAAGAAAGUGCGAAACUGAAGGGAAGAAUAGGGGGAACAGAAUUUAAGCAUUUUUAUAUACUACAUAUAAUAAAAGGUUUAAAGGUAGUCGUUUAUAAUCAAAAG